CACCAGCAAUGUGAAAGAGGACGAGCAAACAUGCCGCCCAUCAUCCGCCGAGCUCCUCUGUCGGAGCGCAUCAAAGCCUACCUCAAUCCGUACGAUCUCCUCCUCUGGAUCGCCGAGGAACUACACGAAAGCGCUCUCGAUGAAGCUCUACGCGACUGGGGAAUGCCCAUUGGAGUUGGCGCCAAUGUGGUUUUCGCAUGCGCAAGAUGGAGCUCCAAGCAUAGUAACUACGACGAUGACAUCUUUGGCGAACUCGAGGGCAAGAGCGGUUGGUUUCAUUGGUUUGUCUCCACGAUCGCCUAUGUCCUCGCAACCGCAUCGCUGUUGAACGCCUUCUAUACCUUUACGCGCACGCGCAAGUACCGCCUCUUUGAGAGCUCCAUCGACCAGGCACCUUCAACACCUUCUGCUCGCAGAGUCCGCGUCGACUCGUCGCCAUCGGCAUCACCGCUCGCAUACUUCUCCUCUAUGAUCACCUCGAACAAUGUCUUUUCGCGACGACACCCCGAUCAGCACAAUGAUGUCUGGGAGGUCAGCGUCUGGGACCCCAAGCCCUUCAAUCUUGAAUUGUUCGCCCUCUUCUCGCCAGGCCACGCUUUCGUCUACUGGCUCUUCCUACCCACCAGCGUCGGCAAUCCUCGUCCUUCCGUCACGCUCGUCACGACCAUUGCCCUCGCGGUUCUGUUGAGCGCCCAACUGCUCUUCUUCAAGAAGUUCUUCGUCCAGCAGGCAAAAGACUCGAUGCUCAUCCACAAGGAAGUCAUGAACGAGUAUGACACCAAAUUCGUGCAUCCCAACAUGAACCGCCCAGUCCGAGACGUCGGUACACAAACAAGAGACACGGCCACAAGCCCUGGAGGGUUGAGACACAGAACAAGAGAAGUCGAUGUCUACACACCACACACCAUCAUCAACAAGGGAUUCAAGGUCAAUCCCAACCCAAGCUACGCCAGUCAUCUCACAGACGACCCUCGAGCCUUGUACGCCACUUCGCCGACUAAGAAUCUGCCGAGAAGCGCCACGACUCCACUACUUCAGCCUACGUUCGGAAGCUAUAGCACAGUUUCGUCCUUCAACACGAAUGCGACAUCCUCAUUCGGAGCAACACACGAACCGACAGACGUCUUCAACACGCCGGGUAAGAUACGGCCGUUGGUACGCGAGAGGCCAGGAAGUCAGAUGAAGAGACCAGGAGAUGGAGGAAGCUUGGGAGUGUACAGCCAUGCUGCAAGUCCACUGCGCAAGAGUGCAAGUCGACAGCAGCUACUCAGACCGGAUGGUAGACCACAAGGAAGUCCGUUGAAGAGGACUGUGACUGAAGAGGGAGGAUUGACGGAGAGAUUUGCGAGACUGAGCGAUGCCAAUCGCCGGGAUUCAUCAAGGUAUUAGCAUAUCUGGAGCAUGUUUUCAUGGCGUUGCUGGGGAACUGCAUUGCAUUGGGAG